GACUCAGAUAUCAACCCAACAAUACCGACGCCCGCCGGUUGCUCUGGAACUUCCAGAGGCGAAUGACUAUGGUUUGGGAGAAGCUUACUACAGACGCGCCGAGCCUACUGGUGGUGACUUUCAGAUGACGGCUGAGUCUGGCACGCAGGGACGAGGGGCCUCCGCCAUGCAGAAGCAGAACCCCAAAGGUCGUCUGGUCCUCAAUGAUUCCGAAUCAGGUAGCGAUACCGAAAUGGCGCCUCCGCCUCCCUCGUGCAAGCGCGGCGAAGUAGCUAGUAUCACAAAAUCGCCGGCUGAAUUGGCUGCCACCAAGCGGCAGUGCUUAGGAUCUGUUUUGUCGAACGACACGGACGGUGACAAUACUUCGACAUGCAGCAGGUCCCUCGCGCCAGCACGUGUAGAAGACGCGGUCGGGCUUGGCGCAUGCGGAGGCAGCAACAAUGGUAAAAGCACGCUGAGGGGUCAGUCAGUCAGUGAAACGAUGGAGAGUGCAAGGUCCUCGGCCAGCUGCGGCAUCAUAAGACGUCAUGCUGCUGCCGCUAGCGCAAUCAACGCAAUCGAUUCCGAUUCUGAUGGUGAAACAUUCAAGUUCUCUACGACCAGAUCCAGGAUCAGACCUGGCGCAACUGGAUCAAGCUCCAGAACUAGGGCCGGAAGGCGUUGAACUUAAUUUAGGAUUUCGCUGGCUCACUGCGCUGUAUUUUUUACACAGUUUGUAACAUUCGUUGUGAUCGAGUUCCGCAUCGCCCGCCCAACGAAGACGGUCAUGAGAAGGACCAUCUCAGAACAGUGUUGCGGGAAGCUGUGCACGCUUAAUACCUGUCAAUUUUUCGAUUUGAUCGGAGGCGUCCAGCAAUGGCUGAGGGCUCAGCGUAGCCUCUUGAUGUGUAAUGAUGC